GACACGGGCACCUCUAAGCGACCUCGCGACGCGCGCCUUAUCCACCUCGUCCUUGCCAACAUGGGCGUCCACGCCUACACGGAGCGCGUGCCCCUCCAGCUCCUCGACUUCGCAUACCGCUACACCAACGGCAUUCUCUCCGACGCCGUCUCGUACGAGGGCCCGCAAGCCAACGUGGGAAAGAAAGCCGCGCCCAAGGACGACGAAGGCGUCAGCUUAAAUGCGCUGCGCACGGCGAUCCACGCCCGCGCGCAGCAGCAGUUCAGCUCGGUGCUGCCCAAGGAGUUCAUGACCGAGGUUGCGUCGGAGCGGAACCGGGUUGCGCUGCCGCGCGUGGAGCGUGAGUGGGGGCUGCGGUUGCCACCGGAGCGGUACUGCUUCACGGGCGUAGGGUGG